AUGAAGACACCCGAACUUCAUCACAGCUCCGGACGCCGGGUGGACAUGCCUCUCAAGGUUGGAGUGCUCGGCGCCGGCGCGGUGGGCGCGUACGUCGGCGGGCUGAUCGCGCUGCGCACGAAGUCCGACGUCGUCAUGGUCGGCAGGCGGCGCUUCGUCGACCAGGUCUCCGCGGGUGGCGUGACCCUCCGCCCUGAUCCGAGGAGGCCGCGCGACGUGCACAGCAUCCGCGCGAUGCACGUGACCGUUGAUGACGAUCCCAAGGCGCUCGCGGGUUGCGACAUCGUCCUCGUCGCGGUCAAGUCCACGGCUACCGCGGAUGCCGCGGCGCAGCUCGAGCGCAUCGCCGAGAGGGGCGGGUUCCCCCCGCACGCGCUCGUGCUCUCGCUUCAAAACGGCGUCGGCAAUGGCUCGAUCCUCGUCAGGGCGCUGGAGAAGCACGGGGUCGCCACGCUCCCUUGCAUGGUCAACUUCAACGUCGUCUGGGACUCGUACGCGUCCGACGACGUUCGCGACGGGUGCAAGAUCCGCCGAUGCACCCCCGCCAAGCCCGGCAUGCCCUGCGUCGGCAUUCACAACCUCCCCGAGAGAGCCGAGGCGGACGGCACCGGACUCGUCGACCACCCGUCCGUGUUCGCCGCCAAGAAGGCCAACCUCGCGGCGUUCGUCGAGGCGCUGCGCGAAACCGGACUGGCCGUGUCGUUGGAGCGCGACAUCCUCCCCGUUCAGUACGGCAAGCUGCUCAUCAACCUCCAGUCCCCGGUCAACGCAAUCUCCGGAGCUCCGGUUCCCACGACGCUGUCGCGCCGACGGUUCCGAAUGGCGUGGCGCGCGCUCGUGCUCGAGGCGUUGGACGUGUUCCGAGCGUGUGGGAUCAAACCCGCACGGCCGUACGUCCCGUUCCUCCCGUUCGUGCUCGCGCUGCCGGACUGGGCGUACAACGCGGCGGCGUUCGCGCUGUUCCCGCUGGACCCCGGGUGCAAAUCUUCCAUGCUGCAGGAUUGCGAAACCGGGCGGGCGACGGAGAUCGACGCGCUGUGCGGGGAGAUCGUGAGGCUCGCGCGACGGAACGCUAACCGCGCGAGGGACGAGGACGCGGGCGCGGGCGGCGAGGGAGGGGACGACGCGCGGGGGAUCGGGCGGGGGAUCGGGCGAGCGCUCGCGGCGUUGGGAUUUGGUUUUGGUGGUUUUGGAUUUGGUUUUGGAUUCGGACGGGGGAGCAGCCGGAGGGGUCGGACCGCGCCGCUCAACGCUCGCGCGAUCGAGCUGGUCCGAAGGUUGGAGCGGGUGGGACUGCCGGACGGGCGCAUGGGGCCCGACGAGCUGUGGGAGGCGCUGACGCGAUGA